UGGGUGGGGAGAAGUGGGGUGCGCAGGAUAAAAUGGAAGAGUGGACAAAAUCUCAAACUUCUCUCGAUCAGCCUGUCUACAAUUCUUUUCAUUUAAAAAAGAGAGUCAGCCACUUUUCAUGGUCAGGGUCACUUAUUCCCACAAAACCCACCUGCUUCUUUAUUUCAAUCUUUCUGAAAAAUCUCUCCCCAUCACACUGAGCAAAGAAAGCGUUUAAUUGCUGUUUGCCUUUGUGUUUCUCUUAUCUAAUUAACAGUAACUAUCAUCAAUCAGAAAAAGAAAACGAAAGGCAAGACAAGGCAGGCAGAAAAUGGAUGGUCUGCCCUCUGGAUAUCGCCCCAACGUUGGUGUCUGUCUCAUCAACUCUGAUAACCUGGUUUUUGUGGCAUCAAGAUUAAAUGUUCCAGGAGCAUGGCAGAUGCCUCAGGGGGGCAUUGAAGAUGGUGAGGAGCCUAAGUCUGCAGCCAUCAGGGAACUGCUGGAAGAAACUGGGAUAGUCUCUGCUGAAAUUAUUGCCGAGGUUCCAAAUUGGUUGACUUAUGACUUCCCCCCUGCCGUGAAAGCCAAAGUGAAUCGUCUUUGGGGAGGUGAAUGGCACGGACAGGCACAAAAGUGGUUUCUUAUGAGAUUAACAAAAGACGAGAGUGAGAUCAACUUAGGAAGUGGUGAAGCAGAUCCUGAAUUUGCAGAGUGGAAAUGGACAAGUCCUGAAGAAGUUAUCGAACAGGCAGUGGACUACAAGAGGCCAACUUAUGAAGAAGUCAUGAGGACAUUUAGGCCUUACUUGAAUGAAAAUGGAAUAGCUGCUAAAUGUAAAUCUUCGAAGUGGUAAAUGGUGUGCGUGUGCUUUUGUAGAUCUCUCUCCAUGAAAUCUAGACUCUGUAGGACUUUGUUCUUUGUAAAUGGAUGUGGCAGUUGAGAGUUUCAAAAUUAGAUGGUUGCUUAACUGUAAUAAAACUCCUUGUUCAAUCAAUUCUCUCGAGUUUGUGUAA